AAGCUCAGAUCAUGGCUAUCGGCCGUGAGAUAACAUGGAUUGGAAGAGUACUACAAUCGAACAACAGUAUUAAUCCAAGGACGGAAAGAAAACUGCCUAUUCCUCUAAAAUGAAAAUAUGACUACUUGUGACAUUCUAAGCUAAAAACAUUCUUGUCGUAACCCUUAACCUAAUUUUUUUUUCUCAACAAAAGUCUUACUACGAGAUCUGAGAGCUCACAACAUGAGCAUGUGCUAUGAUCAAAAAGAUUUCAGACAAGCAAUCGAUUAAGGUUAACAGUGCAGUGCCCUGAGCAUCGAAUUCAAAGUGUCUGAUUGAAUUUCCAUAUAUAUAUAUCAGAGAUUAGUUUGCUUGUUGACAAACGUUCUAUGCAUCAAAUGUUUGCCCCUAAUCCACUGGUGAUCUUUGCACACAACUUUGCUAAACUUGAUCAACCGUUCUACAUUUGAAGGCGUUUGGAAGUAUUACAUUUAAUAUAUUUAGAAAAUGCUUAGCGCCAGGAAAGUGAAAACUACUUAACAUGGCCUAGUGGGGUUUAGGGUGUCCUGACUCGUUAAAGCAACAGUAGGUGGAAGGAAUCAUUUCAACAAACCUAUUUCUCCCAGCAUUUGUCUGUGUGGACUCUGUUCACGGUGCACACUGUCGGCCGAUCUCCUCUCAAAAUGAGCAACGACUUCAUCUACAUGAUGGUGUGUAUGUCACUGUGGUUAUGUGUGACAUCAACUGAUGGCUGUCUUACAAUAGAAAUACUCGGCAACGUUUCUAUUAACGAUGUUAUCGAAGUAGAAGAAAAUUCAGAUGUCAACCUAACAUUUUAUGUCAACACUAACUCCUGUGAGAAGAUUACACCAGCAGGUCCUUUGAAGAUGUCAACAAUGAGAAAACAAAUGAUAAUUGACGAAUGCAAGAUUAUGUUAACAAAAACAACCUGCCAAAAGUCAAUGCAAGACCAACCGUGUUCCUGUCUGUAUCCUGACAAAACACUUGUCCAGUUCUACAAAUCAUUCGAAGAGACUGAUUAUCAAGUCUACUUUUGGCUGUGGCCUCCGUACAAAGAUGAAGUAGGAGACGUAACCUUUGUGGUCAGAAAACCAAGAAUGGAGACGGAGUGUACUAAGACCUGUAACGAUACAAACCAGACAGAAGCAGAUGUGUGUCUACCUCUUCUUUACGUCAUUGUGCCGUCUGCAGCUGCUGUCAUCGUCGUAGUCGCCGUUGUUGCUUUUGGAUGCCUCGUCAGACGACUAUGUAAAGCCAGAAACAUCACCCAUGAAGAGGACUCAGAUGAAGAUGCUCAUCCGCAGGAACUAAUCCAAGAGCUGGCUGCAUCACAGUCAAGACGACACAGACGACACAGAGAGCAAUGAAGAAUAAAUACAGUUGAGAUCACCGGCAACAGUUAUUUUUCUCUCAAACCUGUGUGACAAGCGGGGUUUGUUUGUUUGUUUGUUUGUUUGUUUGUUUGUUUGUUUGUUUGUUUGUUUGUUUGUUUGUUUGUUUGUUUGUUUGUUUGUUUGUUUUCCUUAAUCGAGUCAAUGUUAUGGGACAUCUGACCAAGUUUGGCAAGUUUUUGUUUAUUAACCUUACAGGAAAUCACAGGAAACCUAUGGUUUUAAGUGACUGCUUGUGACAUUGGAGAGGUAAAUUUUGACAUGUUGACUUUAAUCGAAAUAUUGCCAAUAGUUUUGCUAAUAUUAAAAUUUUUAGAGGAAGUUUUAAGCUUUGACACUCUUGCCUGUUGAUUAAAGGCUUUCCGACGCUGCUGACAUCACCUGUAGAUGUCAAAUUUUAGUUGUAGCCACUAGGCAGUCUUUUGUGUCCUCAAUAUUUUGUUGUUGUUGUUUAUAAAAAAAAUCUCGGUAAAGAACUGGAUAAUAAUUUUGCAACUCUGUGUUUGAGGAUAACAGAUUAUAUUGUAUUAGUUUGAUUAUUGUUAAUUGGAAAAGGAAAGAAAAAUAAAGAACAAUAGUUAAUAAAUAUAUAUAUAUUAAAUUAAAUUAGCUGGUGGCUGAAAGAAUUCGUAAAAAAAAUGAAUAUUUUUGUGAGAGUGACGAUUGCCUUGCGUGAAUAAAUGAUUUAUUACUAAAUUAAUUUUAUUGUAAUGUGUAUACUUUGUGUAAUGCAUGUCAAUAAACAGAAUAAAGAAAAGCAUGUGGUACACAGCACUUUGUUGAUGUUUCGCUGAUAUUCAUGAUACUAACCU